UAGCCGGGGCGGGUCUGCCGCAUCCCGACUACGCUGUUAGUGUGUAGUACUCUGCGUUCAUUCAAUGACAUGGGACACGGGGCUGGUUCAACUUCUGACAUUCACUUUAUUCCUGUAUGACAGUGACAUGAGACACAAUAUGAGUGCAAUGGUCAUCUCCUCUCCACAUAACUCCUCUCGCAGUGAGGAACGGCGAAGACUGGCUACUCACUACUACAUUUCUCAUUCUUUAAAGUAAAUAACAUUUUUAACAUGGCGGCCAAUAACACACAUACCUGUAUGACAGUGACAUGAGACACAAUAUGAGUGCAAUGGUCAUCUCCUCUCCACAUAACUCCUAACACACACACAAAAAUAUAAAACACAUUGAGAAUGUAGGCUACAAAAUGGAAGACCCACGCCCACACACGCGCACGCACGCACGCACGCCCACUCAUUCAUUCACGCACAUACAGGUAAAAGUCUCGGCCAAACAAACUUUCCUUCUCUCGCUCAAAAUGGCUCUUUAAAACACGCCACUACACAAAGACCUCCAUAACACAUCUCUAAACAUUUGCACACCAACAUUAUUCUGUUAAGUUUGCAUUUAAACUCAAGAAAUAUGAUUUGUUAUUCCCAUACCUAAACAACAUACCUCUCGCAGUGAGGAACGGCGAAGACUGGCGGGAGCGGCAGCUACGCAAGGUCAUAUCCUCAAACUUUCAAAAUAAAAGCUCAGAUUUGUAAGAAUAAAGGAAAUACAACAUUAAAUCCACAAAAACUUGAAUUAUAUUACUGACAAUCCAUAUUUAAAGUAAAAAGAAAGUAAAACACAUCAUGUGAUGGAUUUUGGUGAAAUUAACAAUAUGAAAUAAAUAAAAAAUACCAGAAUAUGCUGUUUCCUUUUGUAUCGGUUACAUUUGCUACUUGUAGCGGUAAAGUCCUAUACUAUUACUGCUACUGGUUGCCGAAUAUAAAUGAAGCUAGUUCAGACGUGUGCAGCCGGCUAAUAAUUGAUGUCCAAAAUUGUGUCCAUAUUUAACAAAAAUAUUUAAUUUCAUAAAGUCACAUUUAUAUAACACAGGUUGUACAAAAACAGAAAAUACACGAGAGCAAACAAACUAGGCUGGCACAAUCAAAAACUGUUGCGCCUCUACUCAGCAACCCCUGAGCAAGAUCCUGACUCCUCCCUAAAUAGACAGGCACUUGGCCUUGGAGCCAACCCCUUUAAUGACGUCAUCAAUUUGACAGAAAGUGUAUUUGGCUCUAACACUACUUAAUGUGUGGGCUUCUCGGUGGCAGAGGGGUUAGUGCAUCUGCCUCACAAUACGAAGUUCCUGUAGUCCUGGGUUCAAAUCCAGGCUCGGGAUCUUUCUGUGUGGAGUUUGCAUGUUCUCCCCGUGAAUGCGUGGGUUCCCUCCGGGUACUCCGGCUUCCUCCCACUUCCAAAGACAUGCACCUGGGGAUAGGUUGAUUGGCAACAUUAAAUUGGCCCUAAUGUGUGAAUGUGAGUGUGAAUGUUGUCUAUCUGUGUUGGCCCUGCGAUGAGGUGGCGACUUGUCCAGGGUGUACCAUCUUUGAAAGCAAACUGUUUAUAUUGUUGGACUGUUUUUGUGUCUUGUAGCAAAUUGACAUAAUGUCUAAACACAGCUAUAUUCCGUUUUUUGUGUUCUAUAAUUCGUUAAAUUUUGGUGAACAGACAAAUGUAAAAAAAAAAAAAAAGAAGUAAUGUUUUAGCAUGACACAGUACUUGCAAUGUAAAUAUGAAUUUUGUGCCGGUACAUGAUUUUUUUUUUUUUUUUAAACAGUGGGGUUGCAUUAAAUGAAGAAACCCACUUGUGUAAUCCCUUGAUGCUUAUAAAGCGCAUGUAAUAUACAUCAAUACAAACUUUAUAUCGUGUUAAUAAUAAAGCUGAUAUAGUUUUCUGUUUUUCUGCAUUUUGCAAUUGAUAAAUGUCGAUAAACUUAUUUUCUACCUUAAGGCACCUUUGUAUCGUCUUGUGUGGAUUUGUUGUCAGGACACUGAACGUCGCGAUUUAAUGACGUCAUCAGCGUCACAACCGGUAGAUGCCGCUAAAACAGCUGGAGAAUAACAGGUUUUUCCCACCACGUCCUGUCAGUUGUAAGAUUCAGCAUGUCCGAUGGUGACUUAUUUUCUGUUGAUUAUGAAGUAUUUGGAAAAGUCCAAGGUGUCUUUUUCCGGAAAUACACACAGGCUCAGGGGAAGAAGCUCGGUCUUGUAGGGUGGGUCCAAAACACGGGCUCAGGAACCGUGCAGGGUCAACUCCAGGGUCAACGUAAGAAGGUGAAAGAAAUGCAGGAAUGGCUUAAAACAACCGGGAGCCCCAAGUCGCACAUCAUCAAGGCAGAGUUCAAGAACGAGAAAGCAGUUUCCAGUUUAGAGCACUCAACUUUUACCAUUGUGAAAUGACAUAAUGGGGUGCUAUUAACAUACUUAUUUAUUUUGUCUGUGUUAUUUUUAUGUGUUGAAAAGUAUUGCCGGUAACACAUUCCUUAACAUGUAUAGAAUGUGGAAAGGCUUUAAUAAACAAGAAAGCAAAAUA